ACAAAAUGGCGGGGGAGAAAAAAGAUGGCGGAGAUACAGACUGGAUGUACAAUCAGAACACAGAGAAUAAUAAGGAAGAUUAUCUGCUGGGGAAGGCUAUUGGUAAAAAUUUUGAGAAUGAGGGAACAAUGGGUCAGCUCAAUGCUGUGGAAUACGACUGUGCGCCACCUUCCAUAUUCGCCAGUAAAGCAGAACAUCAGGUUGACCUACAGAGGAAGCUGCUGGAAGACCCUUUGGUAGCGAUAAAGAAGAGAGAGAUGGAAGACAGGAAGAGGUUACUGGAUAACCCGAUGAAGAUGAAAGCCCUGCAGGAGCACAUCGAGGUUCUUAAGAAGGCGAAGAAGGAGAAAAAGAACAAGAAGAAGAAGAAGAAGAAACACCGAGGUAGUGAUAGCGACGACAGUGAUGUAGAUCUGGACCUGAAGCUGCUGCAGAGGUUGCAGAGGAUCGAGGGUAAGGAGGUGGAAAGGGAGAGGGAGAGGUUCAGACAGGAGGAGGAGAGGGGGAAACCUGUAGAAACCAAGUAUACAGAUAUAGAACAGGAACCAGAUACCCCACCUAGAGAUCAACGACAGAAAAAGUUCCAGGAUUUCAGCGAGAGAAGAAAUAAUGAUAAAAGCGAGCGUAGACACUUUAAUGACCGGCGUACACAUGAUGUUAGUGACAGACGAAACCAUGACUUCAGCGAACGACGUAACGAUAACUAUAGUGAUCGACGCCGGAGGGACUUGAACGAGCGGCGUAAUGCUGAUUUUAGCGAAAGACGUAAAAAAUCUGCCAGUCCAGAAAGAAGACUAAGUCCCCCAAGACGUCGCUCUAGAAGUCCUAGAAGAAGAUCCCCAAGUCCCCGCCACAGAUCUCGUAGUAAAGACAAGAGAGUAGCUUCAAGAUCUCCGAAAAGAAGAGCCUCCAGAUCCCCGAAAAGUAAAACAUCAAAAUCCCCAAAAAGAAAAGCGUCAAAAUCUCCCGGUACAGUUGGAGUGAAGAAGGAGAAGGUUGUGGUGAAAAAGGAGAAGCUGGAUGAGGAUGAGAAGGCCAGGAAGCUCAGGGAAAUGAUGGAGAACGCCGCCUGGAGGGAUGAACAGAGGUCCAAGAAGGUUAAAGCGUAUAGAGAUAAGGAGGCCAUGGAGCAGGAUGAAAUAAAGCACUCCCACGACCCUGAGUUCCUGCAGAGACAACUGAAGACUGCUGCUGCCAGCAGCUCUGUGGAGAGCAGAAUCAAAUCCAACAAACAUAAUAUUCAACGAGGGGUUGGGGUUAUGGACAAGAACUUUGCGCGUCGGUAACAUGCAUAGAAACCUACUCCAGUAACGUGCGUAUGAUCUCACUCCUGUAACGUGCUCGGGAUAUUUAUCCAAGUAAAGAAGAGUAAAAAAUGCUUGCUAUCUUGCUAUGAGCAUGUGUAGAUUUGAGAUUUAACUCAACAUUGUUUAAUUUCAGA